GAACGUCGUAGCAGUCUGGUCUUUUGUGCACCUCCACAGCCUACGCGGACUUCCGCGACCGGAGCUCACAGGAGUGAGUGAGUACCUGCAUCGUUUCCUUUCCCUGCUCCGUCGCAAGCAUCUGUGGUGACUCUGUUAGAGCUACGGCCACUAUCCAAGGUAUAUAAGGAGCCGUCUUUGAGAGAUGGCUCUCCUCAUUCUCCACUCAUUCAUAGGGAGACAUCGACCAGCCUCUCACAGCUUACCUUUCCAAGAUGAUCUCUCGCGCUCUCACUGCUCUCCUCGUCGUCGCCGCUGCCACGGUCGCUUCCUCAUCGGCCCAGCCCACGAAGCGUGACUCCAUCGUCUGCCAGCCAAAGAGCGAUGCAGCAUGGCUCUACCAGGGAGACGCUAUCUAUGCCUACGACGGAACCCUGGCCGGCUUCAAGGGCCCCAACCUGUCCUUCGAUGGCCGCUCGGGAGACCUCACCCCUCUCCAAUUCCAGUCAAGCGUCUGCACCUCCAAGGCCCUCAACCUGACAGUUCCUGACCGCACCGGCAGCGGCUACGCAGACCCGAACCCGAUCAAGCUCUACCUCGCUGAUCAGCCGGGCAAGUGUCUCGCGCUGUCCUCCACGACCCAAGCCAAUACAUACCUCGUCGCCGCCGACUGCUCAGACGACGACAGCGCCGAUGCCCAGGCAAGCCAGUUCUUCCUGCAGGACUACAAGUACCAGAGCAUUCGGCCGUUUGGCAGCAAGGGCAUGUCCUGGGGCCUCCAGAUCUACGACUCGCCCGAGGGAAACAUCAUCGCAAACCCGAGCACAUGCUUCAGCGGACAGACUUGCCAGACCGACAACCAGAUCUCGCUGAGGCUUUAGUUGAGACGAUGUAAUGCACUUCUGCACCCUGCACCUCUGCACCUCUGCACCUCUGCACCUCUGCAUCUCUGCACCUCUAAUUAUAUCAAUUCUGCUCAGCACACAUAUCAUAUCUCUUGAAUGAUGCAGGUGUACUGGUGACUGUUCCUCGUCGCUGACCCUCAGAUGACGAGCGCGCCAUC